AUGCCUCACGCAAUGCCAGCACCUGGCUUCCAGGCCAUCAUCCUAUGUGGGCCAGGAUCAUCUUUUCCCACGUUCACUUCCAAUCCAGAUGAGAAUCCAAAAGCUUUAAUACCAAUAGCAAAUCGACCUAUGGUUUGGUAUCCUAUCGAUUUCUGUCAUCGAAUGGGAGUGACCAAUAUCACUCUCAUCACACCUUCUUCUUCAGAAGCAGCUAUUAAAACUGCAUUGGCCACUAACCCGCAUUUGACAAGUUUACCAUUACCAAAACCAGAUUUAUUAGCACCCAAGAGUUUAGAUCAAACCACAGGUACUGCACAGAUCUUUCGAUUGCCAGAGGUACGAAACAUCAUCAAAGGUGAUUUCAUAGUACUUCCCUGUGAUCUGGUUUGUGAGCUUGGCGGCGAGUCAUUAAUUGCAUCAUGGAUGAUCAAGGAAGGAGGUUUGGGCGGGGCCACAGGAGGGGGUUACGAGGGCCCAAAAAUGGCACUUGGUGGUGAACGAGGUGGAAGACGUGGUGGACUUGGGGUGUGGUACGAGACCAAGAGCGAAACGAUAAUUAAAGGAGAAGAAACCGAUUUCAUUGCAACAUCACCCCUUGCCGCCACCUCGGUACCACCUUCGAAUUCGUCUUUGAUUCCUCAUAUUUCGAACCUGGUUUACUCGGUUCCCACCGAUACUCUCAAGGAUAUAGUUGAAGACAAGAAAGGUUUACCCAUUCGACAUGCCCUAGUACGCAGCCAUCCCCGUAUUCGCAUGCUGAGUUCCCAUAGAGAUGCGCAUAUUUACAUUUUCCCAGCCUGGGUAAUCGACAUGAUCAGCGUGAACGAGCACAUGGACAGCAUUGGCGAAGAUGUUAUUGGAUGGUGGGCUAAAGCGGGGUGGCAACAAGGUCUAGGCGACAAAUUAGGCCUCCGAGAAAUUUUCCAGAGCACACGACCCGACGAGUCCGAUGACAACAUGCUCGACAAUAGUCCAGCAAGUGAUGAUAUCGAUUACAGCAAUUUGAGUACAACUUGGACCUCUAAACUCGAGGAUGCACUAUCUACCAAAUCAUCAGACACUUCGGCCUCUGACAAAAAAUCAAGCUUGGUGAUACCUCCAAUCCUAGCGUACAUCCAUCCUUCAAAGCCCACUUCACAAGGAUCUCCGCCCUUCAUUCGACGAGUCGAUACCGCCCCCAUUCUUUUAAACGUAUCUCUUCAACUCGCCAAAAUUGAAGCCAUCGAUCAAGUUGGUCGCGAUGCCGCCUCUCCAUUCGCUCACAACAGCAAAGUAUCCUACCCAGAAGGAAUUGCCGCACAGAAAACCAGGGUGUACCGACCCGACUGUCUCCUAGCCGAAAAUGUAAUCGUGGAAGAGGAAUGCAGCAUCAAAGAAUGUGUCAUCGGUGCCAAUUGCCAAAUUAAAACUGGAGCUAAAUUGACUCGCUGUGUUUUGAUGGAUGGAGUGGUGGUAGGUAAAUCGUGCAAAUUGACGGGAUGCAUAUUAGGGAGAAGGAGUGAAAUCGGAGAUGGUUCGACCUUACUAGAUUGUGAAGUCCAAGAGAAGUUUUUCGUUGACCCUGAGACCAAUAAAAAGAACGACAGACUUAUGAGUUCUGAGGGAAUGGAAGCUACCAAGCAAGAAAUCCAGGACUACGAAGAUGAUUCCGAUGACUCCGCGUCAGUUGGCUCAUCUUAA